AUGCCUGAGUCCAGCAUUCUCUGGCAGAACGAGGCCAAAACGGUGGUCCUACUCGACCUCCCCCGGUCAAUUGAAGAAGCCCAGUAUCUUUCCGAUAAACAGAUGCUAUCUGGCCGUAAGCCACCAGACACAACUGCACCAUUCCGGAGGUUGAUCUGUUCGCCGGCACCAGAACAACCCUUCGUAACUCCGGAGCCGAAGUCCAGUAAUUAUGCUCAAUCAGCCAUCUCACCCGCAGCUCAGAUAGCCGAGCUCAUGACCAUGGCAUCCGUUAAGUCAGCACUCGAUGAGAUAAGCACAUCCUAUCAAGGGCCCUGGUGUCUACCACGCCUCACUUCAAAGCCACUAGCCCCGGUUGAGUCAAAGCAGAUAGCCACACAACCGGAAGAAACAGCAGUGCCGCCCAAGAGCACAUCAACACCCACAGAACCAAAUCCCCCUCCCAAAGCAACCGAAGAUCACAGUAUAAUCCCCACUAACCAAGUCGAUACCCCAGACUCUCCUUACCACCCCCCAAACUCCCACCCUCUCACCGGCCCCUUCCCCCCCCUCUCCCAAACCUUCUCCCUCAUCCUCCUCGACCCCCCCUGGCCCAACCGCUCCGCAAAACGCAAACGCUCCAGCCCCGCCGCCUACACCCCCCUCCCCUCUCUCUCCUCCACCCACUCCCUCCUGUCCUCCUUCCAAAUAACCACCCUCCUCUCCCCUGACGGACUCGUAGCAGUAUGGGUCACCAACUCCCCCCGCUUCACCACCCUCCUCCUCAACGACAUUUUCCCCUACAACUGGGGUAUUGAGCUAGUGGCAGAAUGGACCUGGGUCAAAGUCACGUCUCGUGGGGAGCCGAUUGUCAGUCUGGGGAGUCAAUGGCGGAAGCCUUAUGAGCGGUUGUUGAUUGCGAGGAAAAAGGGGGCUUGUGCAGGGGCUGGUGGUGUGAAGAAUAAGGUUAUUGUCUCUGUGCCCGAUAUUCACUCUCGCAAGCCGAAUUUAAAGAGGGUGUUUGAGGAGGUGUUACCUAGGGGGUAUACAGCGUUGGAGAUGUUUGCACGGAACUUGACGGCGGGUUGGUGGGGGUGGGGGGAUGAGGUAGUGAAAUUUCAGGGGGGGGAGUACUGGGCUCAGGAAGAAGUGGUAGAAGGAGAAGAGGUUGUUGGGCGGGAGGGUGAUCUGCAAGAAAACAGGGAGGAAAAGACGGCGGGUUCUGCACGAUUGGAAGAAGAUAUAGCAGGAAACCUAAGUCAAAUUGUUCAACCAGGUUGA